CCUCCCCUCCCCCGUUUCCGGGGCUGCUUCAGUGUCCGGGACAUGGAGCGGGAGUGACGGAGCCGCCACCGCCGCCGCCGCUUUCCCCCCUCCCCCCUCCCCCGCCCUCCCGCACAGGAGCCACCCCCUCCCCCCGCCCGUUAACGGGGGAGAUCGCCGCGCCCCGGGCUCAGGAGCUUCGCUGCUGGCGCUUCUGUGCGACACUUUGUCCCUCCUGAUCCUUCUCUUCCUGUCCUGCCCUGCUUGCUGAGUAGUUAAUGCAGAAGAUAAAGAGGGUUCGUCUGGAAAACGAGACUGCAGGAAGUUGGAGAAGCUUUUUGUCCAGUCCUGAAAGGGAAGAGAGGAUGACUGCGGUGGACGCGCUGUCGGACAGCUCUGAGGUGGUGGAGAUGGAGGAUGUGCCUUCCCAAUUCCAGGUGCAAAAGCAUUCCUGGGAUGGGCUGAGGGACAUCAUUCACAGCAGCAGGAAGUACUCGGGCAUGAUCGUCAACAAAGCUCCCCACGACUUCCAGUUCGUGCGGAAGACAGAGGAGUCCAGCCCCCACUCCCACCGCCUCUACUACCUGGGAAUGCCAUAUGGGAGCAGAGAGAAUUCCCUUCUUUACUCAGAGAUUCCCAAAAAGGUACGGAAGGAAGCCCUGCUGCUCCUGUCCUGGAAACAGAUGCUGGAUCACUUCCAGGCAACUCCUCACCAUGGGAUGUACUCCAGAGAAGAGGAGCUCUUGAGGGAACGCAAGAGGCUUGGUGUCUUUGGGAUCACAUCCUAUGACUUCCACAGUGAGAGUGGCCUCUUCCUCUUCCAGGCCAGCAACAGCCUCUUCCAUUGUCGAGAUGGGGGCAAGAAUGGAUUCAUGGUGUCUCCAAUGAAGCCUUUGGAGAUCAAAACUCAGUGCACAGGGCCACGGAUGGACCCCAAGAUCUGCCCAGCUGACCCUGCCUUCUUCUCCUUCAUCAAUAACAACGACCUCUGGGUAGCCAACAUUGAGACAGGGGAGGAGAAGCGAAUGACUUACUGCCACAAAGGCUUAUCCAAUGUCCUCGAUGAUCCCAAAUCUGCUGGGGUAGCCACUUUUGUCAUUCAGGAGGAGUUCGAUCGCUUCACAGGCUAUUGGUGGUGCCCCACAGCCUCCACAGAAGGUGCAGAGGAUCUGAAAACACUGCGGAUCCUGUAUGAGGAAGUGGAUGAGUCAGAGGUGGAGAUCAUUCAUGUUCCUUCACCUGCCUUGGAGGAGAGGAAAACAGACUCCUAUCGAUACCCCAGGACAGGCAGCAAAAACCCCAAGAUUACACUAAAGCUGGCAGAGUUCAAGACAGACAGCAAGGGUAAGAUCCUGUGUGCUCAGGACAAGGAGCUGGUGCAGCCCUUUGCUUCCUUGUUUCCAACCGUGGAGUACAUCGCCCGUGCCGGAUGGACCCGAGAUGGCAAAUAUGCCUGGGCUAUGUUCCUAGACAGACCUCAGCAACGACUGCAGCUAAUCCUUCUGCCUCCAGCCCUCUUUAUCCCAGUCCCAGAGAGCGAAGAGCAGCGUGCUGAGUUUGCCAAAUCUGUGCCAGAAAGCAUCCAGCCAUUUGUCAUCUAUGAAGAAACCACUGAUGUGUGGAUAAAUGUUCAUGAUAUCUUCUACCCUUUCAUCCAACCGGAGGGAGAGGAGGAAGAGCUCUGCUUUAUCCGAGCCAACGAGUGCAAGACAGGCUUCUGUCACCUCUACAGGGUCACAGCAGUGCUGAAGCCAGGCAGCCACGACUGGGUGCAGCCAUAUGUCCACAGUGAGGAUGACUUCAAGUGCCCUAUUAAAGAGGAGAUUGCCUUGACUGGUGGGGAAUGGGAGGUGCUGGCCAGGCACGGAUCGAAGAUCUGGGUCAAUGAGAGCACCAAGCUGGUGUAUUUCCAAGGCACAAAGGACACCCCUCUGGAGCACCACCUCUACGUGGUGAGCUACGAGAGCCCCGGGGAGAUCGUGCGCCUCACCACCCCAGGCUUCUCCCACAGCUGCUCAAUGAGCCAGAACUUUGACAUGUUCAUCAGCCACUACAGCAGCGUCAGCACUCCCCCCUGUGUGCAUGUCUACAAGCUGAGUGGCUCUGAUGAUGACCCUCUCCACAAGCAGCCCAAGUUUUGGGCCAGCAUGAUGGAGGCAGCCAGUUGUCCCCCGGAUUAUGUCCCGCCAGAGAUCUUCCACUUCCGCGCGCAGUCGGACGUUGAGCUCUAUGGCAUGGUCUACAAACCUCACGAUGUGCAGCCUGGGAAGAAGCAUCCCACGGUGCUCUUUGUCUAUGGAGGCCCUCAGGUGCAGCUGGUGAACAACUCCUUCAAGGGAAUCAAAUACUUGAGGCUGAACACGUUGGCAUCCCUGGGCUAUGCUGUGGUGGUGAUUGAUGGAAGGGGCUCCUGCCAGAGAGGCCUCAAAUUUGAAGGGGCCCUGAAGAACCAAAUGGGGCAGGUGGAGAUAGAGGACCAGGUGGAAGGUUUACAUUAUGUAGCAGAAAAGUACGGGUUCAUCGACUUGAGCCGGGUAGCCAUCCACGGCUGGUCCUAUGGGGGCUUCCUCUCCCUCAUGGGCCUCAUCUGUAAACCCAACGUCUUCAAGAUCGCUAUAGCCGGGGCCCCGGUGACGGUGUGGAUGGCUUACGACACCGGCUACACCGAGCGCUACAUGGACAUCCCGGAGAACAACCAGCAGGGCUACGAGGCUGGCUCCGUGGCACUGCACGUGGAGAAGCUUCCCAACGAGCCAAAUCGUUUGCUGAUCCUCCAUGGCUUUUUGGAUGAAAAUGUGCACUUUUUUCACACCAACUUCCUGGUAUCACAGCUAAUCCGGGCUGGAAAACCUUACCAGCUGCAGAUCUACCCCAACGAGAGACACAGUAUUCGGUGCCCCGAGUCGGGGGAGCACUACGAGAUCACACUGCUGCACUUUCUACAGGAAUACCUCUGAGAGCACCAAGCCAACUGGACACUGACAGCUCACCCUGCCCUGCCCUGCCACCCCCCUCCAGGGCCAGCUGAACCCCAGCUGCCUGCGUGCCCACGGCCUCGGGCUGUGGGGGGGGGGUGUGCGUGGCCCCCGCCGGAGCCAGGGGAGAGGCUGGGGGGGCACCUUCCCUUUGGACUGUGCCACCUUCUUUCACCUUCCAAGCUGGAGGCCUGCCCCUGCUCGGCUGCUCGUCCUCUUUGCUCUCCUCCAGCCUGGCUGUUCAUGCUUUUUUUGCUGCUAUACUCCCUCUAUCCUGGGAAUCAAUGGACUGUGGUCUGUCUCCUGAGGCUGAGGUUUGUGCCCAUCUCUCUCUUCUCCCCCCCCCGUCCUUUUCCCCACCUCCCUCCCCCUUUCCACUGCACCUCUGCAGUUCCCACAUUCUCACCUGCAAGAACUCAGUGCCUGUGUUGGAAACGGAAGAGCUGACUCAGCAGCUGCCUUAAGCCAGGAGCAGGAGGGAAGAGAAGAACCCUACCUACCGGUGAGCCCCCGGGGGGGGGGAGCUGAGUGCUGCUGCUGCCUCCUGGCCCUGCUGUGACAAGGUGGAGCCCUGGGCUGCGAGGAGAGCUCCACAGAAGCGUGCAACACUAUGGUCCUUUUGUUCUUUUCAUCUGGGAGUGUCAGCUUGGAGUUUUUGCAGAGCAGAUGGAGGGAAGUGGCUGAAGGUCGCCUGGGGAAGUCCUCUGCCACCUUUCUCUCAAUGGCAGCUCACCAGCAGCGUUGUGCCAACGAGGCAGCACAGCAGCCCAAAAGCAGCUGGCUCCAGCCAGAGGUCACCUCCCCAGAGCCCACAGCAGCGUUUGGGGCUUUCUGCAAGGCAAGGUGGAUGAUAUUUAUGCAACUCCUCCCUCCCUCCGUUCUCUGUGCUGCCUCCUCAACCCUCCCCUUCCCCUGCCCUGGACCCUGAGCUUUCAGACGUGCACUGAAAUUCGGCUGUGCUUCAGUUCUCUGCGGGUCAGUGACUGUUUCCCCCCACCCCCCCCCCCCGCCCACC